ACUCAUGCAGAAAGUAAAUUUGGUUCAACAACUACACUCAAUGAUGAGAUGGAUGCAGUUAUGCAGUCCAGCAUUUCCCAGAACAAGAGCAAAUUGAGGCGCGCUUUCUCUAAAGUUUUUCACAUUCAGUUUGUCAUAGGAGCUGGCCAGGAGGGGAAACACAAGUCUAAUAAGUCCCAUGAAAAAAAGGAGAAGAAUGGUGAUUUUAAUGCGCAGUUCAAACGUUUGGAUGAUGCAGAUGAGAAGCUGAGGCUAAUUGCAGCAGAAGCUUUUCUUGCCAGAGUGUUUGCUAGCGUGUCAAGUGUUAAGGCGGCGUAUGCACAGUUGCAGUUUUCUCAGUCUCCUUAUGACCCCGAUGGGAUUUGCGCUGCAGAUAAGAUGGUGGUGUCCGAGUUGAAAAUCUUGUCGGAGUUAAAACAGUGCUACUUUAAGAAACAGAUUGAUGAUGAGUGUUCUCCCCAGACCACUCUUCUUUUGGCUGAAAUUCAAGAGCACAAGUGCAGUCUCAGAACUUAUGAUAUCAUGGGGAAGAAGCUGUGUUCUCAGGUUAAGCUAAAGGACUCAGAAAUUGCAUUUCUGAGGGAGAAAUUGGUGGAAAUCGAUACAGAGAAAAGGGUGUUGGAGAAGAGACUGAAUUCAAUAUCUGUUCCCUCAGAAUUAUUAAGUCUCAGCUUUUUCAUUACAUAUCUUCUGCAGACAGUGGAAUCGAUUCAGAGUUUUACUCGGGUGCUUUGCGGGGAGAUGGAAUCUGCAGGGUGGGAUUUAGAUGCUGCUGCGAGAUCAAUUCAACCGGGGGUAGUGUUCUGGAAAGCAAACCACAAACGUUAUGCAUUUGAAUCGUUUGUUUGCGGUGUGAUGUUUGAUGGUUUCAAUUACCAAAACUUGUCAGUUUCUUCAAGUGAGCAGAAGAAACAGCAGGAGAGGCUAUUUUUUGACAGAUUCAUGGAACAGAAAUCUGAUUAUCUCGCCUGGAAACCAAAAUCAACAUUCGCGACAUUCUGCUGCAACAAAUACUUGAGGCUCAUUCAUCCCCGGAUGGAAGAAUCCCUUUUCGGAAACCUGGACCAGAGGGCCAGGGUGAAAUCAGGCAAAUACCCCCCAGAGACAGCUUUCUUUACAGCGUUUUCUGAAAUGGCAAACCGUGUUUGGCUUCUGCAUUGCCUGGCCUUUUCUUUCGACCCCGAGGAGGCAUUAUCAAUCUUCCAGGUUAGCAGAAAAACGCGGUUUUCUGAGAUCUUCAUGGAGACAGUGAAUGAAGAAGCAUUCUUGUUAUCAGAAACAGAACCCCGGGUAGCUUUCACUGUAGUUCCAGGUUUCAGGAUAGGUAAAACUGUUGUUCAAUGUCAAGUAUAUCUGUGUUGACAAAAAAACAAUCUGUUUUAGUCAUUGAAUUGAUUGCCAAUCAAACAUCUACAACUUUUGUGAGGUGUUCUUGAGUGAUAUGAUGUCCAAGAUUCUUAGCUAGUAUAGGGGUGUGGGGGUAUUAUAUUCUUAGCUGUACAUUACAUGAUUCAUUUGCAUGCAGCAAUAUGUUCAUUAUGUGUACGUGUGAUAUUGGAAUGAGUUGUAUAUGAAACUUUCAGUUUGUGUU